GCGGGCAGCGCGCGUGCGCGCGGCCGGCCACCCGGAGCCCGUCAGUCGGCCGCGAGCAUCGGGCCCCGACAUACCUUGCCCAAAAAUCCGCCGCCUAAAGGUACCCACCACACCCGUACUAUUUUAAAACCGUUCGAGACAUCGCGCAUGCGAAUAUCGAUCCGCCUCACUCGGAAUGGUCCCCGUAUCUAGGUUAACCGGCUAAAAUUAAAGGUGCGUUCCGAAUUCAAGGUUGUAACCGCCGGCGCAGCUCCGAAAUAGAGCUAUCGUGCAUGGAAAAUGGAAAAUAUGUACCCAACGCACGUUGUCUUUAAGGGCGAUUAUCGUGUGCGUCACAGGCCGUAAUGGCGGUCGGGAAUUAUGUAAGAAUCGUACGUUGUUGUUUGAAAAAAAAAUGAAAUUCGUAUGUGUAAGUGUAGGCUGAGGUCCUCUGUCGAUACGUCCGUCGAUGUUGAAUCGAUAGAGUAGCGUGUAACCGUGGUAUACCGCGAGUGUCGUUGUUGUUAGCGCGGAACCUUUGCUUUCUGUCAAUGUAACGUUUUGGGAGUGUCUCAGGAUGAGCAGUAUGUUUCGUGGCAUGAUUGACCGCCGUGUUAUUGCAGGUUAAUGUGCCACGAGACGAGUGAGAGAGACAGACCAUCCCAACACUCCCUUUAAAACGCCUUAUAUGGAGCGGGACGGGUAUACCACGCGUGCUCCGCCGCGUAUCAAAACACACAAAAGCCGCGGAUGUAGGUAAUAGCACGGGAGCUGAAUAGCCUUUUAAUUAUUAAAAAAUAACACAACAAAAAUAAAAAAAAAAACACUAAGCCAAAUUGUAACGUUCAACCGAUUUUUUGAAUUACGAACGCCUAAAUCCGAUCAGACUUUAACGCCUAACCUUCUUGGAUAUCUUGGGUGCUUAAAAUGGACUUGCCUUACUUUAAUUUGACGAUGUGUUUGACUGUAUAGUGGGGGGUGGCGUGGCUAGUUUAGUUAUUAGUUUAAUAUAAAGUACAUAAAGCCGGUGGGGACGGUGUGUGGGUGUGAUACCGAGGUGUCGGAGGCUUGUGUGAUGCAGCGGCGGCCGAGGCGGCGCGAUUGUCGGCUACCUGAGAAGCAGCCUUGUACGCUCGUCUGACGAAUCUGUAAAGUUCGCAACCUGCAGCAUAAUAGGGAGCCAUACGCCGCGGCGGAAAGACGGGUGCGACACGCACUCGUGAGCUAGAGGGUUGUCGGGCGUGGUGCGGGCGGCGGCCGCGAGCCCGGCACCAUGGCUACGGUGGAGGGGCGGCCGGCGCAAUAUGGCGUCACCCUACGGCAGCUUCGCGAGCUGAUGGAGUCUCGCGGCGCCGAGGGCCUGGCCAAGAUCAACGCGCUCGGUGGUCCGCAAGAAAUAUGCAAGAAGCUCUACACAUCGCCCACAGAUGGUCUUAGCGGUUCGAAAGCCGACCUGCAGCACAGGCGCGAAGUGUUCGGCUCGAACCUGAUCCCACCAAAGCCCCCCAAGACUUUCCUCACGUUAGUCUGGGAGGCCCUGCAAGAUGUGACCCUCAUUAUUCUGGAGGUUGCAGCUGUAGUCUCCUUAGGGUUGAGUUUCUACAAACCGUCAGAUGACCCAGCUGAUGUUGCUCAUCUCGACGAAGAGGAAGGUCAUUAUCAAUGGAUCGAAGGUCUGGCGAUUUUAAUAUCAGUCAUAGUCGUCGUUAUAGUUACUGCGUUCAACGAUUACACGAAAGAAAGGCAAUUCAGAGGGCUUCAAUCUCGGAUAGAAGGGGAGCACAAGUUCGCGGUGAUCCGAGGCAGCGAGGUCAGGCAGGUCCCAAUCAGCGAGAUAGUAUGUGGCGAUAUAUGUCAGAUAAAGUACGGCGAUCUGCUGCCCGCUGACGGUAUACUGCUGCAGAGUAAUGACUUGAAGGUUGAUGAAUCAUCGCUCACUGGUGAAUCGGACCAUGUCAAAAAGGGUGAAUCGUUUGAUCCCAUGGUGCUAUCCGGUACACACGUCAUGGAAGGCUCCGGCAAAAUGCUGGUAACAGCGGUCGGUGUAAACUCCCAGGCUGGUAUCAUCUUCACGCUCCUCGGCGCCGCUGUAGACAAGCAGGAGAAGGAAAUCAAGCAAAUGAAGAAAGGUGACGAAGACGCAACGUUGCCGGCGUCAGGCAACAGCCACGGCGCGAACCACGCGCGACCAGACGACAACCACGUGCCUGCGACCAGCGACAAACCUCCGCCAGAAGCUGCACAUAAAAAGGAGAAGUCUGUACUGCAAGCCAAGCUCACCAAGUUGGCUAUACAAAUCGGCUACGCCGGCUCCACAAUAGCAGUUCUGACGGUGAUCAUCCUGGUGAUAAACUUCUGCGUGCAUACAUUCGUGAUCGAGCAGAAGCCGUGGAAGGCGACGUAUAUCAACAACCUGGUGAAACAUCUCAUCAUUGGUGUCACCGUACUUGUCGUCGCCGUGCCUGAAGGAUUGCCGCUUGCCGUUACUCUGUCGCUUGCUUACUCUGUCAAGAAAAUGAUGAAAGACAACAACUUGGUACGUCACUUAGACGCUUGUGAAACGAUGGGUAACGCAACCGCAAUCUGUUCAGACAAGACAGGAACUCUCACCACGAACCGAAUGACAGUCGUACAGUCCUACAUCUGUGAGAAACUCUGCAAGGUCACGCCUAACUUCAGGGAUAUACCGCAAGAGGUCGCCGAAACUAUGGUCGAAGGAAUAUCUGUUAAUGCUGCCUUUACGUCCAGAAUUAUGCCGAGCCAAGAUCCAACAGGGCCUCCAAUGCAAGUUGGUAACAAGACCGAGUGUGCCCUGCUAGGGUUCGUCCUAGCGCUUGGCCAGAGUUACGAGGCAGUUCGUGAGAGACACCCAGAAGAAUCCUUCACCCGUGUGUACACUUUCAACUCGGUGCGCAAGAGCAUGUCCACUGUCAUCCCCUACAAGGGCGGCUACCGACUUUACACUAAAGGAGCUUCUGAGAUUGUUUUGAAGAAAUGCGCAUUCAUCUAUGGUCACGAAGGUCGUUUGGAAAAGUUCACGCGCGACAUGCAAGAGCGAUUGGUACGACAGGUAAUCGAACCCAUGGCCUGUGAUGGACUCCGAACCAUCUCCGUCGCUUACAGGGACUUCGUACCGGGCAAGGCUGAAAUUAACCAGGUGCACAUAGACCAGGAACCGAACUGGGACGACGAGGAUAAUAUCGUGAACAACCUGACCUGCUUGUGUGUAGUCGGUAUUGAAGAUCCUGUGCGACCAGAGGUACCCGAAGCCAUCAGGAAAUGUCAAAAGGCAGGCAUCACAGUGCGCAUGGUGACCGGAGACAAUGUCAACACGGCGCGGUCUAUUGCCAUCAAGUGCGGGAUACUCAAACCUACUGACGACUUCCUCAUUCUGGAGGGCAAAGAGUUCAAUAAGAGGAUCAGGGAUACUAAUGGAGAGGUACAACAACACCUACUAGACAAAGUAUGGCCGAAACUCCGCGUCCUUGCGAGAUCGUCACCGACAGACAAAUACACGCUAGUUAAAGGAAUGAUCGAGUCUAAAGCCUUCGACACACGCGAAGUAGUCGCUGUCACCGGAGACGGUACUAAUGAUGGACCUGCGCUUAAAAAGGCUGAUGUUGGAUUUGCUAUGGGUAUCGCAGGUACAGACGUAGCGAAGGAAGCAUCAGACAUCAUCCUUACAGACGACAACUUCUCAUCCAUCGUGAAGGCAGUGAUGUGGGGCCGUAACGUGUAUGACUCCAUCGCCAAGUUCUUACAGUUCCAGCUCACAGUCAACGUGGUCGCUGUUAUUGUGGCCUUCAUUGGUGCCUGUGCGAUACAGGACAGUCCUCUUAAGGCAGUACAAAUGUUAUGGGUAAACUUGAUCAUGGACACGCUAGCGUCGCUUGCGCUGGCGACAGAGAUGCCGACGCCGGACCUGCUACAGCGCAAGCCGUACGGACGAACCAAGCCUCUCAUCAGUCGCACCAUGAUGAAGAACAUCCUUGGACAGGCCAUCUAUCAGCUCUUUAUUAUAUUCUCGCUUCUAUUCGUCGGCGACAGGCUGCUGAACAUCCCGUCAGGUCGCGGCCAGGCGCUGGGCUCGGAGCCCACGCAGCACUUCACGAUCAUAUUCAACACGUUCGUCAUGAUGACGCUCUUCAACGAAAUCAACGCGCGCAAGAUACACGGCCAAAGAAAUGUGUUCCAGGGGUUGUUUACUAAUCCCAUCUUCUAUUCUAUAUGGAUCGGCACUGCGGCUUCGCAGGUAAUAAUAAUCCAGUUCGGUGGCAUGGCGUUCAGUACGGCGGGUCUGUCGAUAGACCAGUGGCUCUGGUGUCUGUUCCUCGGCGCCGGGACCCUUGUCUGGGGUCAACUCGUCACCACCGUGCCCACUAGGAAGAUUCCUAAGAGACUGUCAUGGGGCAGAGGUCAGCCCGAUCCAGAGACCAUCCAGCCCGGUCCAGACUACGAUCCAGAUCUGGAUAAGAAGCCGCGAGCUGGCCAGAUUCUCUGGAUCCGCGGUCUCACGCGCCUCCAGACUCAGGUGAUAGGUGGCGAGUUACAAGAACGAUUGAUACCCGUCCCCUACAGCAAGACGUCAACCGACCAAGCUAUCCGCGUGGUGAACGCGUUCCGGCAGGGGCUGGACUCGCGCGGCUCGCUGGCGGACGCGGCGCUGGCGGAGGCGCUGCGCAAGCAGACGGCGCUGUCGAAGCGGUUCUCGCACUCGUCCAGCAUCGAGUACGCCGACGCGGCGCGCGACACGCUGGCGCCGCACGACAUCGACGUGGAGCGGCUGUCCAGCCACAGCCACACCGAGACGGCCGUGUAGCGCCGCCCGCGCCCCGCGCCCGCGCCCCGCGCCCAGCCCGCGCCCGCGCCGCUCAUGGAUGCAAUAAUUUAGCGAUUAAUAUCAGUAUUAUGGACGCCGCCCCGACACCGACCGUGCCCGCGCACGUUACUCGAACCGUUACGCUGCCAUCGCUCUAAUUAUAUUAUUAUACAUACGAGUAAUAAUAAUGCUAAAACGAUUGUGUAUAAAAUCAUAUUUUUAAAGGUAACGAGGAUGACAAGUUUGGUAUAUUGAGUUAGACACGUAUGGUUGAGGGUGCCGGUCGAGCCGGGCGCCCGCACUAGUCUCGCAGCCACCAGUGUACUUGAGCAUAAGUUAUAUUGUUAACUAGUGUGUUUAAUUAUUCGAUUGUUUUGAAAAUAUUUUAUUAUUAUACGCGCGCGUCGCGAUGCGCGCGUCUGUUGAACAAAUAAAAAAAAUAUUGUCUAAUUAUUAAUUUUAGAUUUAAGCGCAAGGAUGAGCGAAUGGAAGUGUGUUUUUUGAAAAAAAAAAUAAAGUUUUCGCAUAGCAUCGUGUCAUCUCUUACACGGAAUGAAAUGUUUUAUAUUGCUUUUGUCAAAGACAUGUUGUGGGAGAGUGGCGGGCGGCGGCCGCGGCGGGGCGCGGCCUCAUCUUUUGUAUAAAGUUAUUUCAUUUGUAGCGCCGAUCAUCGUUUGUACGUACGCCGAGUGAUAUUACGCGCCGCGCCCGGCCCCGCCCGCGCUAACUAAAUAUAUAUACUUAACUAAAUUAUUCAACUAUUAGUUAAGGUGUUUGUUAUAAAUUUCAAUAACUUUUUUUGUUUUUACGACCUUUUUCCCCUAAAUCUAAGUAUACAUUUAAGUCAUAUCUCGAAGCGUAGACGCAUAAACUGAAAAGUUUCUAUACAAGAACCGUAAGCAACAUUCUUGUGUAAAAACCGACGUAGUCCACUUUGAACAUCUUCAAAAUGUUUCAAAUAGAAAUAUACAUUAAAAUUGUAUAGCUGAAGGUAUUUAUUUGUAAUGCUAGUCUCUUAUGAAACAAAUACUAAUUAUUCAAUUAUUAUAAUGUACUUAUUGAUUAUUGAUAAAUACUUGAAGUUUAUUAAACAAGAUAUAGUCUACGGUGUAACGAAUUGAUUUCGGAAUUCUUUGUCUAUGAGCAAUAGCGAGGCGCUCCACAUAGGCGACGUAGGAUCGCAGUCGUGGCAUUUUCAACUUAUUACGUAAGACAUGUACUUAAUCGAGUUAGUGACGAGUUGAACGCGGCGACCGCUCGCCGACCGCAAGCCGACCGCUCGCCGACCGCAAGCCGACCGCUCCCGGCCACUUGUUAUAGUAUUAUAUGAGUAUAAAUAAUGAAUCAAAACGAUCUAGCGAAUCGGCAAUGUUCAAUUUUGUAUAGAACGUUUCAUAGUAGCGGUAUUUGAGAGUUGUUACGUUUGGUUUGUGAGGUUCGUUGGUAGGCGCGUUCGUAGCCGCACGACGCGACGCGACCGCACCCGACGAACGAGUGGCGCGACAACUAUUAAAACUAUUAAACAAUCUUGUAAGUAAUUAAGUAUUAGCUUCGAAUCAAUAAAAGCCUUUUUAAAAAAAAUUAGUUAAAAAAUGAAACUAUUGAAACUUCACAAUGUUUAAAUAAAAUAAUAUUAGUUAUGAUUUCAGUGAAUAGAGAGAUUAUGGUAUCUUUUUGUGUAUUAUAUGAUAUAUUGUUUCGUUGAUAUUCGUUACCACGAGUUCCCCAAUGAAAGACAUGUAAUUAGGAGUCGAUAUCUUAGCGGUGCGUGCAGACGCGCCAACCUUUCCCUAACAAUCAAUUUGUUUGACACGACAGUCUGCCACUAACCAUAUUAGGUGAUAAGUCCCAUUGUUGUAUUUUUCGUCUCACAAUAAAUGAAAAUCUAUUUUAUUGUUUUUAUACAUGUGUUUUAUUUUUAUUGCCCUUGUUAGCUAUGCAGAUUUUUACGCCAUCUGUAUGAUAUAAAACAUUUGAGAGUUUUGAAAUCGAAAAUGAAAGUAUUUAUUUGACUAUACAAGGAAUUUGAGAUCUCUCUGGUAGUGUGAUUCAAUAAAUACCUAUGGUUGGGUAACCAUCAGAACGGAGCCUAGAGUGCCCAAGGCAAGCACCUCAUUUUUGACCCACUGCCGCUUUAUAUGCAGUUGGGCACAUGCGUCACCCCUUCGUAACCUGGCGCCCUAGGUACUUACCUAGUCAUAAUACGGCUCUGGUCAGUAUAUUUAUUUCUUGAGUACAAUAAAGAUAAAUGGUUCAUUAGUAUGAGCAUUAUUUUUAGUAAAUAUAUCCUUAUUGUGGCUAAAGUAGAAAAAAAAAUAGAUAAAUCAUACAAUUAAUGUAGAUAAUUUAAUCAAAGAAAUGUAGAGGUACAUAACAGAGAGAGCGAGGAACGUAAAGAUAUACUUACAAUAAUAAACUAGAUUACAGCACACGAAAUUCCAAGUUUAAAAAAUAAAAAAUUAACUCACAGCCCUAUGGCUGUAAACCAAAAAAUAAAUAUGACAAUAGUAUAAUAAAAUUUAGAGACGUAAAAAAAAUUAAAUGAGACAUAUUAUAUGCAAGUUAAAUACAAACAAAACAACAUUCAUCAAAACUACUGAAUAUUCCAGUCAACACAACAUUAAAAGUUUUAGACAUAAAUCGGAUACCGAGGGUUGUCAUCCCAAGGGUACCUAGGACGAGGGUUGAAAGGUGGCAGUGUAGGCAGAGGGAACUUGUAGUCAGGCAGGUGUAGAGAUCUGGCGUUACGUCUGUUAUACCCUGGGUGAGUGGGUCCUGUGUCCCGGCUAGAGGACCUCCGGCUGCCUCCUCCGUGCGACAUAUGGGAGGGAGUGCCCAAACUGCGCGCCGUCCUCCUGUUGGGAUCCAUUCUUACAUCGUCAAUGAUAGAUGGCAGCACUGGGUGGUCGGCUGAUGAAGGCGCCUUCGGUACGUCUCCUUGGUACAACCAGAGUGGGUCAUCACCCGCGUUACGCCGAGCUCUCAUUAUGAUAGGCCUUCUCGGCGGCGGUGGAGGCCGGUAAGUAGGACGAAUUAUCAACUGACAUGCUGAUUCAGCGAUCAUGAAGACCGCGAGAACUGUCAACACUAUUACCAACUUCGACAUCUUACUUUCACUGUCUUUCU